CCUAUUCCAUCAAUGGUCCACACUCCAGCCCAGUAGGUGGCGGGAAUGCACCUAUCGUUUGUUUGCCAACCGCCAUAAAACUCCAAAAGAAGAAGAAGAAGAAGAACAAGAUCAAGAACGUGUGCAUAAGCAAAACGUUACUAUUUGCUGAUUUGUGCUGCUUUAUUUUUACGGCUGUAGGUUCGUUGAGGAUACAGAUGGAGAUGCAAGCAGACAGCGUUGAACCAGAGAAAAGUGAUUUUCUGCAGCCGUUAGAUAGUGAGAUACAAACAUGGAUGUCAAAGGCGUUUGACAUGGCACUUGAGGCCCUUGAGAAUGGUGAGGUUCCAGUUGGCUGUCUGAUGGUUUACAACAAUGAGGUUAUUGGAAAAGGCAGAAAUGAGGUGAAUGAAACAAAAAAUGCUACUCGGCAUGCAGAAAUGGUGGCACUGGAUCAAGUGCUUGAUUGGUGCCGUUUCAGAGAGAAGGACCCAAAGGAGGUGUGUGAACAGACUGUACUUUAUGUGACAGUGGAGCCAUGUAUCAUGUGUGCAGCUGCUCUGCGUCUGCUUCACAUACCUCUUGUUGUAUAUGGGUGCAAAAAUGAGCGGUUUGGAGGCUGUGGAUCUGUCCUGGACGUCUCAUCGGAUCAUAUACCACACACUGGAACUUCAUUUAAGUGCAUCGCCGGCUAUAGAGCAGAAGAGGCUGUUGAAAUGCUCAAGACAUUUUAUAAACAGGAAAACCCAAAUGCUCCCAAACCUAAAGUGAGGAAAGAUUUGAUCAGUCCACCAGAAGGCGCUGUAGUCAUUCAGGUAAAACGAGGACCGCAAGAUGAGGAGAGCGAAACAAUUGCUCCUUUGAGCUGAAAUGGAAAAUAUUUAGACAUUGAGACUUUUACAAGACCUUGUCAGUGCCUGGAUUUCAGUGAAUUUUGAUUUUGCCAUCUUUUUGAGGUCAUUGAUUUGAUCUACUAUUUGAGGAAGCACAUUGGCUCAUUAUCUGGACCACAUAGCUGGUAAACCUCCAGGCCUCCUCCUCUUCUCUGUGGCUGGACGCUGAGAGUUGUCUGUUAACAGUGUGUAGAAGUAAUAGACUAGGCCUGUUCUGCAUUAAAGCACAGGUUCUUCUCCAGCUCUUGCUCUCUUUGUGUCCUUAUACAACCCAGAGAACUGGUUCUGAACUCUCAGUGAUCUCAGUCUUGGGCUCACUAGCAGAUGCAGGACAAACCCAGGUGGAGUUUCCACUUACUUCAUAGCCAGAAACUUUAAAGGGAUAGUUAAAAAAUAAUUUCUGUCAGUACUUUCUCACACUACUUUUUUUUCU